AUGGAAGACGAGACGCUUGCUGACUUGUAUGACGUUCUAGUUCUGUUGGAAAAAGCGUUUACUAUCGUCACUGUGGCGGCGGUCGUUUUGUCCGUCUACUUUGUUCAACGGGUGAUCAAGUGCAAAAGGAUUCAUGUCAAUUUCAAGCUGGUCCUGGUGAGUUUUUCAAAGUGAUUUAGAGGAUGACGUUGUUGGUGAGAUGGAGAGUUGUUGGUGAGACAAAAUACUACAGAUUGUAGUAUUUUGUUAGCUGUUUUGAAUAUAAAACUCUUUCCUUUUAUAGUCGUAAAGUUCAAGGGUUGUUAUAUGGCCCACUUGGGACUAGGAUGCUAUUUCGAAACUGUAUGAUAUUUACAAAAAGUGUGUCCUAUUUACAAAAAAUCAAAAAGUUUUUUCUUUUUUCCAUACUAGUCGCGACAUAAAGUCCUGACACAUUUGCACCGUGCGUUUUGUUUUCCUUUCGUACUCGUCGCGGCAAUUCCCCGUUUUUGCACUAGCGACAUGCACUUUCGCGCGAGUUCGCCACUUUUCUCGCGCGACACCCGCGACAAAAUGUGUCAGGACUUUAUGUCGCGACUAGUACUAGUGAAAGUCGCCGGACUGAAAUUGGCGACAUGCACUGUGCAAAAACAAUUUUUUUUUUCAUUGUGAAAAUUUUUGCUUUUUGCACCGUGCAAUAGGCUCUUUUUGGGGGCCGCAAGCAUCUACUUUUUUCGCACAGUGCACGUGCCAAAAAUCGGUCCGGCGACUUUCCGGAGGGACUUGUAAUUCGGCAGGGCCUGCAAAGCGUGAGCUAAACUUUUCAGGAAUUUAUGUGCGGUCUACUAGUCUAUCUACAAUGUCCGUAGACUUUUCGCUGACAGUUCAUCUUUCCUAUUUUUGAACGGUGCGCAAGCCACCGUGCAAAAAAUAAUUUUGUACUGUCCAAGUCCCAGCCAUGUAUUAUAAUUUUCGGUGAAGCAUUUGAAAAAGGCGACGAAAAGUCUGCGCACUUAGGGAUAACAACAGUGGGGGACCUGAUCCAGUGGCAAAAAACGUACUAUUUUGCAUACGGGAAGUAUCAAAAAUGUGGCAAAAUGCUUCCAUCUCCGAGUGAAAAAACUUCGUUUUGAAGGGCGCAGGGAAAGGCUCUCACAAAAAGAGCGGGCGCGCUUUUGAAAUCUGAGUUCUUUCACUUGGAGAAGGAGGUAUUUUGCCACAUUUUUUGAUACUUCCUGGAUGCAAAAUGGUAAGCUUUUUGCCACUGGAUCAGGUCCCCCACUGUAGUACGUACAUAUGUAUACCCGACGUGUGUGUAAAAAAAAAAAAAAAAAAAAUUGCGUCGCACUUCAAACAACUCCCUUUAAAACGGAGUUUUUUACAACUCGAAGGAUGGCCCGGACAUUUCAAAAAAACGACCAACUCAGAAUCGUUUGAUAUUUUACAUAGCUGUUCUACUAUUUUAGAUGAACGUCAGUACACAUUUUUAGUUUCGGAAAUUACCGUACACGGGGGUUACGGUAGGUACAAUUUUUAGAAAGAUUGGGCUCGUACGUAAAAACCCCGAAGAGUAAAAGGGCGAAACAUCGUUGUUUUACGUUUUCGACCAAGGGGAACGUUUUCAUAAUUGACACUUUUGCCGUAGGAUGUAGCCUUUGACUACUUUGAAAAAUACCAAGGUACCAUAUUGAAUGUAACUUUUUUGCAGAGAACUUGUCUCAACCUUUGAAACCUCUCGAAAAUACUUUGACAUAGAUGUAACAACAUAUCAAAAAUGCGCGAAAAUAAAAGGGGUGGUUUUGGAGUUACGGUACUUUGAUUGCGGCCCGAACGGUAUAUAAAAAUAUCAUUUUUUUCAAAAUAGGUGUAGAAGAGCCGCAUAUAUCGCAAAAAUACGUUUUCGACCAUGAGGAACAUUUUUGUAAUUGACACUUUUUUCGUAGGAAGCAGUCUUCGACUACUUUGGGAAUUGUCAAGAUACCAUGUUCAAUAUAACUUUUCGGCAUUCUACUUGUCUCAACUUUUAAAACCUUUCAAAAACACCUUGACGUAUGUGUAACAACACAUCAAAAAUUUAGGAAAAUAAAAGGGGUGGUUUUGGAGUUCUGGCAUUUUGAAUUUUGGACAUACAGUACACUUCGAUUUAUGCUCGGCUAAACUUUACGUAGAUUAUUUUAAACACUAAAUGUAAUGUUUUAUGUGUGUUGUAAGACCCUCAAAAACUAUUUUCACCAUGAAAUUCAGAACAUUUAGGCCUAAGCAUACUGUAACAUAGAUAAUUGGUUACUGUAACAGCAGGAUCAGCGAUUUCUUAAAUUUUUUGCGACAAUUACCACGGUUUAGAGUCGUGUGUGCCAUAUGACGGUAGAAUCUUCCAAAUUCGGACGUCAGCAUCACAACGAACGUUCGGUGUACUUUAUGAUCAAGAUUAAAAGUACCAUAACUCCAAAACCACCCCUUUUAUUUUCCUAAAUUUUUGAUAUGUUGUUACACAUACGUCAAGGUGUUUUUGAAAGGUUUUAAAAGUUGAGACAAGUAGAAUGCCGAAAAGUUAUAUUGAACAUGGUAUCUUGACAUUUCCCAAAGUAGUCGAAGACUGCUUCCUACGAAAAAAGUGUCAAUUACAAAAAUGUUCCUCAUGGUGGAAAACCUACUUUAGCAAGGUUUGCGGCUGUUCUACACCGAUUUUAAAAAAAUUUGAAUUUUGACAUACGGUACCGGGAACAUUCAAAGUACCGUAACUCCAAAACCACCCCUUUUAUUUUCGUGCAUUUUUGAUAUGUUGUUACAUACAUGUCAAAGUAUUUUUGAGAGGUUUCAAAAGUUGAGACAAGUAGAAUGCCGAAAAGUUAUAUUGACCAUGGUACCUUGGUCAUUUUCCAAGUAGUCGAAGACGACAUCCUACAGAAAAAGUGUUAAUUACAAAAAUGUUCCCCAUGGUCGAAAACGUAUUUUGGCGAUGUAUCCGGCUCUUCUACACCUAUUUUGAAAAAAAAUUAUAUUUUUAUAUACCGUUCGGGCCGCAAUCAAAGUACCGUAACUCCAAAACCACCCCUUUUAUUUUUCUAAAUUUUUGAUAUGUUGUUACAUACAUGUCAACGUAUUUUUGAAAGGUUUCAAAAGUUGAGACAAGUAGAAUGCCGAAGAGUUACAUUACACAUGGUAUCUGGGUCAUUUUCGAAGUAGGCGAAGACUAUAUCCUACAAAAAAAGUGUCAAUUACAAAAAUGUUCCCCAUGGUCGAAAACGUAUUUUGGCGAUAUAUGCGGCUCUUCUACACCUAUUUUGAAAAAAAUGAUAUUUUUAUAUACCGUUCGGGCCGCAAUCAAAGUACCGUAACUCCAAAACCACCCCUUUUAUUUUCGCGCAUUUUUGAUAUGUUGUUACAUCUAUGUCAAAGUAUUUUCGAGAGGUUUCAAAAGUUGAGACAAGUUCUCUGCAAAAAAGUUACAUUCAAUAUGGUACCUUGGUAUUUUUUAAAGUAGUCGAAGGCUACAUCCUACGGCGAAAGUGUCAAUUAUGAAAAUGUUCCCCAUGGUCGAAAACGUAAAAUAGCGGGGUUUUGUGCUUUUACUCCUUGGGGUUUUUACACACGGACCCAAUCUUUCAGAAAAUUGUACCUACCGUAACCCCCGUAUACGGUAAUUUUCAAAACUAAAAAUUCACGCUGACGUUCAGCUAUCAUAGUACAACAACUAUGCAAAAUAUCAAAAGAUUCUGAGUUGGUCGUUUUUUCGAAAUGUCCGGCCCUUGUUAUGAGAAGCUUCAAUCUGUAACAAAACUCUCUUUUAAAUGUCUUAUUGUUUUAGUGCUGCACGGCCAUCUCCUUUCUACUGGUACCCUUCUUCCACCGCUGCAUUCAAAUUUUACUUUUCGCUUCGGAGCGCGUCACCCGGCGAUUCUACGUAAAUUGGAUCUGCGUCGUUUUCAGCAUGCUGAAUCAGAUUUUCGCAAUCAGCUCGACAGCUUGUAUGGUGAUGCUGGCGCUGGUGCAGCAUUUGGCAGCGCGCUGGGUGCGGACGUAUGAGGAGAAAUCAAUGUCGAUUGGAGUUUGUUUGAUCGCUUUCACGGUGGGUUAACAAGGUUUCUAAUGAAGGUCUAUGGUUUUUUAUUGGAUUUUUACUGCGUAGGAGGAGGGAGAAGUCUAUUGAUGGCAAGACUAGUGAGCUUUCGGAGUCUGCAAGCUGCGGGUGACAUUUUAUACGAUGAUAAUUUUUAUCAGUCUGUCGGGGAAGUAAUGGGAUUCAUCAAAAACCGCAAUUUAUUUCACGUCAGCGACUCUUAGCGCAGCGAAAUUGUGUCGCAUUGUUUUCCCGACAGGCUGGCAGUAAGGUUUUGUCAGGUUUUUCAGACUGCGGGUGACAUUUUUUACGACGCAUAAUUUUUAUUAUCAGUCUGUCGGAAAAAUAAUGAGCACUUUGUCGCAUCGAUAAUCGCAUCGCCGACGAGAAAAUUACUUUUGUUGCGCAAAAUCAAACUUAUUUUCACUUCAGCAUCAUCGCAAUGAGAUUGCACUCAUUAUUUUCCCGACAGACAGAUAGUAAGUUUUUUGGGGUUUUGCAGACUGCCAGUGACAUUUUAUACGGUGCACGCUCUUUACACACGAUCUUACAUGAUUCGUCUGUAACUUUUAGUUAAUUUACGCCGUUACAAUUUCCAUUAUCGUCAACUAUUACUACCUCCGCGGCUACGACUUUGAGAAUUCACGCGACAAUUGUGAUCCCAUAGCCUACAACUGGCAGCUCGCCGGGCUAUUCUUUCUUGGAAGUAUGGUGAUUUGCAUGGGCGCGUCUAUGGUGAGUCGCCUUUAAUAAUAUUUAGUCCAUCAGUGUUUAGUGGCUCAUGCAAAUCCGCAAAUACAACACUCGCCAACGACGAGCCGAGUUCGUCACCCUAAGCGCACGUUAUCAGCAAAUCGACAACGAGAACUCGGCGGUGUCGAUCACCGCAACUGUCGUCGGCUACAUGACAUACAGCGCGCUGGGGCUUUUAGGGGCUGUGGCCAGGUACUUGAUUGUGAAAAGGUUUGGUGAGCACAGCGCCUGGAACCAAGUGACUGUUGGCGUAAGUUUUAUGGGGGAAGUGCGUAAAGAGCGACGCUCAUAUUUUGACAAAAUUUGGGACAGAGCGUCCAAUUUGGAGAGCGUCAGAGCCAAUUUUUUGGCUGAAAUGGAACGUCGGAAAAAUAAUGUGGAUUCGUCGUGUCUUGGAGUCGCUUUAUCAUUUUCGCUUUGCGAGGGCUCACCUAGGGCGCUUUGGUGAGUGCGGCGAGACGGGACAUUUUGCUGCGACAAAUCCACAUGGCGCUACGACUUUUCGGGUCAACUACAGUCGGGUCAGCGAUACCUUGUAGUGCCUUUAUUUUUUAUUGUGUGCAUGGGGAAGGCUUAAGGAAGACAUAGUUAAUAGAAACCAUUUGAUUAACCAUCUUUGUCCUAGGAUAUUUUAUCACCUAUUUUAAGGCGUGUUGCAUGCAUUACUUCAAGAUAAAACUUGCGGAGAUUCGUUCUUUGUUUUGGUCUUCUCAAUGCGACAGUAACCCAGAAUUAAGAAUGAGGGCUAAAAUGGUUAAAAUUAGAGAUAGUGGUGAUACUGUAAGUCUCCGCCGAGCCUUCGGCGAACGCCCUGUCCUAAGCCAUCGAUUUUGUGUUGACCCGAAAAGUUAUUUUUCCGACACAUUGAUAUAUUUCGACUUUAAAAGCAAAUAGUAAUCUGACCCAUCUUCAGUACGGUUACACGCUUGUGGAGAUAUACGCCCUCUUCCACAUGGCCUGUUUUAUCCGAUAUAAUCGAGGAAUGCGAAGACUGGUGGAUCGGGACUUGGAUCGGUUGUUUGGAAGCAAAACUCCCAAAUGGUGCUCGGUUGUGGACGUCUCCCAUCCGAGCCUGAAUCAGGUCGAAGAAACGGACGUGUAUUUUCGAAGGUUGCAGGAUUCCUGGAGAUAA